AUUAAGACAGUAGAUGUAUUAAGGUACAGACGUGUAGCUCCUCUCGAUAUUGGUUUUAAUAAACAAAAAACGGUCUUAAAUAUAUAUUUUUUGCAUUUAAAAACAAACAGACGACAUAAAGAAAAGAAAACAAAAAAAAUUUACAAUAAUUUUAAUUAAUGUUGAAUUGUUCACAUGAUAUAGUUGAAAAACAAAAUUAAAUUUUUUUGAAGAAAAAAAUAAGAUAAAAUUAAAAAAAAUAAUAAAAUAAAACUAGUGGGUGUAGUUUUAAUGAUUUCUAGCCAAUUAUUUAUUAAAAUGUUAUUAAAGCGAAAAGUUUGAACAAAAUUACAAAAUAACUGGUGUAAAUUAAAACGAAAAAGAAAAAUACAAACAACAACCAAAUAAAUAAUAACAAAAAGUUAAAUAAAAUUAAAAUUUUAAAUAAAUCACGAUAUAUUACGAAAAUUUUUUUUGUUUAGUUUAAAGUGUGAACAAAAUAAACAACAACAACAGCAACAACAGCAGCAGCAAAACAUUAACAGCAACAUAAUGAAGUUAGCAAGAUCUGUAACGCCAUCACCACCUUCGCUAUUUAGAGGAGCUCUACUACUAAAUAAGCGCUGCGUUCGUUUAACCAUCUUUACACUCAUCAUUGCCACACUUUGGAAUACACACAGUGUUACAGCAGCUCCAGCCCAAAUUGACUCACUUGAUUCAACAUUUCCAUUAGAUUUACAACCGCCCAUCUUUGAGGCAACAGCAUCGGAAAGCUCAUCAUCACAGCCGAACGGAGACAGCAAGAACAGCAACGAUGCCACCACAAUCGACAGUUAUGGUAAUCCUAUUGAAAGCCUAAAACCCAUAGAAACACCCGAUGGUCGCAAGGUUGUAAGUGCUCAAGGUCUACAGUUUGAAAUACCGAAUUAUGCAUCGGGUAUAACAGAACUUAAGAAGCCCUCUGAUGAUUUACUGCCACCAUUUGUUGAUCCCAUUGUCGUUGCACUACCAAAUGAAUCCACAAAUCCAGGUUCAUCUUCUUCAACGGCCACCGUAAAGACCACCAGCGUUCAUGUGGAAAGUGUACCCCUUGUGGAAGUUAAAACAAAUCCAACUUAUACCAAGAACGCCUUCUUUAAGGGCUUACCCGAUUAUAUAUUGGAAUUCAACGAUCCCGAUAUUGGUGGUCCUGUCGCCUAUGAGCCGGCUGAGGAUAAUCGUGGUUUGAAAGUUAUAGCCUGGGAUUUAUUGCCGCCUUUGGAGGCCGAUCCCAACGACAAAUCUAUUAGUCAUAGUAAUAAAGUCAGCUUUACAACAACUGGUCACAAUUUGGCAUCUAGUCAUACAACUACUACUCACAGCUCAUCUCAAUUAGGCUCAAGAUUUUCAGCAGAGACUACAACCAAACCAAACUAUACACAAAAUAGAGGAUCUUACUAUAGCACAACCUCUACAACGCCCAGAACUACCACAACAAGACGUACCACAACCACUACCACCAGCACAACACCCAGAACUACCACUACUCCCAGAACUACCACUACUCCCAGAACUACCACAACUCCCAGAACCACCACAACAACAACGCGCCGAAGCACUACCCCUAGAACUACUACACCCAGAACCACUACCGUGCAACCAGAUUCAUCAGAAUUCUUUAAACUAGCAGCAGGAGAUUCAUAUACUCUACCACCCUGGCUCGCUGACAUCGAUGAUCCCGAACUAGAUGUGGCAGUGGCCUUUGAAGUACCCGAAGAUAUCAAUGAAUACAAUCACACCUUAUCUAAGGACAUAUUGCCACCUUUGGAACCUUAUACAGAUUUGAAUAAUCUUCACCUGACACCGCCACCUCAUAUCAAGAAUAGCCAUACAACAACUCCUAGAACUACCACCACCAGAAGAACUACCACUACAACUACCACCACCACCCGAAAACCUACUUUAUCCACUAAUCAACCUCAUUGGAUAAGAGCCAAGGCAACAUCAGCCAAACCCACUAUAGCUACAUUUAACAAUCAAUUCACUAGUCUUAGUCCAUCCAUAACAUCAAAUAAUUUUGCACAACGCACUGCGAGCACUACCACAACCUCCACCACCACCACUACAACAACUGUCAAGCCUAGAACUACCAUAAACUACUAUAACCGUCAACUUUCCACAACUACUCCUCCAACAACAGAUAAAAUCGGCAGCAGCAGUGAGGAACAAGAUAAAAAACAAAAGAAUCCCUUCUUACCCUCCGGAUUUGAUGAUGGCAAAUAUAAACCACAAACUAAUGGAAGAAGAACUACUACCACCACAACACCGGCACCCGUUAAAGUCGAUCCCAAUCCCUUUGAGCCUACCAUACCACCAUGGUUAAGAGAUUUCGAUUAUCCUGAUCUAGCAGCUGGUGUACCCUUUGUCUAUGAUCCCAAUGAAGAUGAAAGUCCGGUGGACAAAAACAUCUUGCCUCCUUCUAAAACCGAAGAAACUAACAAGCCCUCAUUCAUAACGAAUCCCUCUCCUAGCUCUCCCUUUUUAAAUUCCCAAAAGCCUCAAGGUUUCACAAAUAAAUUCACUUCUUCCGCUACUUCCCUAACUUCUUCUUCUUCUUCUAUCCCAUCAAUUGUAACAAUUCCACUCCCAUCCACACAAACCAAUCAAGAUGAUAGUACGUAUUCGCGACCACCACUCGUGUUCGUACCACCACCAAAUGCCUCAGCGGAGGGCAACGUUGAUGUAGCUAAGAAAACCUCAUCCACAUUUAACAAAAAUUUUGCAGCACCCUUUGAAUCGCCGGCCACCACCACAACGGCAACCGUUACCAGCUCUAAGAAGUCACCACCCCUAAGUGCUGAUCGUGAAUCAUUCCCGCCCUUCAACAAUGCCAUUACUGGCUCUACCACUUUGCCAAGUAAGACCACCUUUUCGAAGAGCGAAGAUGGCAAAGUUAUUACCAAUAAUAUCUUUUUAAGUGGUAGUAUUGGUUCAACAUCGGCCAAACCUUUUGGUACCAGUCAAACUGAGAAGAGUAAGUAUUUAAAAAAUUAA